UAUUGGCCCACUGGAUUCCGAGUGGAUGGAUAGAAUCUGCAGCACACUGCGAGAGCAAAACCUCAUCCUCCUCUUACAAAACUUGCAAAAACUCAGCCAUGGCUUCUGUCUCCUGUACUUCUACCUCCAUAAAUCUCUCCCCAGCAUCCUUCAAUUCUCGCCCCCCACUCAAAUUGGGUUCCCAAUUUCUCGGUCUUCAAUCCAACCUCCGAUGGGUCUCACCCAUCGCCAUUGGACCCUCCAACGGCUCUAGAGCAACCUGCUGGUUCAACCUUAGGCAAAAUGCCGAAGGUGCAGGCAUUUAUGGCAGCCAGUCCCGAGACGACUUUAUCAGAGACGAUGUUGAGCAGUACUUUAACUACAUGGGAAUGCUCGCUGUGGAGGGUACGUAUGACAAAAUGGAGGCUCUUUUGAGCCAAGACAUUCACCCAGUGGACAUUUUGCUGAUGCUAGCUGCCUCAGAAGGGGACAAACCAAAGCUUGAGGAGCUAUUGAGAGCUGGGGCUAAGUAUGAUGUUAAAGAUGUAGAUGGCCGAACCGCCAUUGAUAGGGCACCUAAUCAAGAAAUCAAGGAUUUUAUUCUUAAUUUUUCUGUUGAGAAGCUAUGAUUUGGUUGGUAAGUGGCUCUGUUUUGGGAUAGGCUUAGAAAGAGGUUUAAGAUUUGUAUUUCACUGCCUUCGGAUGUUAAUCACAAUAUGGUACACUUGUUUUUGGAGUAUUUUGAAUGACUAGUAAUGAUCUCUGGCUUUCA